AUGGGAGAUCUCUCUGUCGAGCUCACGGCUCCCAACGGCCGCAAGUGGACCCAGCCAACCGGCCUUUUUAUCAACAACGAAUUCGUGCCAUCUUCGAACGGCCAGAAGAUUGACGCCAUUGACCCCGCAACAGAAGAGGUUAUCGCAUCCGUCCACGCCGCCUCUGCUGAUGAUGUAGAUAAGGCCGUCAAAGCUGCAGCGGCAGCCCUCAAGAAUCCGUCAUGGAAAGAGUUGCCCGCCUCAGACAGAGGCAUCCUCAUGGCCCGCCUGGCCGAUCUAGUCGAAGAGAACAAGGAGCUUUUCGCGACAGUCGAUGCAUGGGACAAUGGCAAGACGUACACCGAGGCUCUGACCAAUGACCUCGUUGAAGCAGUUGGAGUGAUCCGUUACUACAGCGGUUGGUGCGACAAGAUCUUUGGUCAGACCAUCAGCGUUCCGAACAAGUUUGCGUACACCGUCCGACAACCGGUUGGUGUCGUCGGCCAGAUCAUCCCGUGGAACUACCCGCUCUCCAUGGCGACAUGGAAGUUGGGCCCCGCGCUGGCAUGCGGUAACACCGUCGUCCUCAAGGCAGCUGAACAAACACCUCUGAGUAUCCUUAUUCUCGGGCGCCUUAUUAAAGAAGCUGGAUUUCCCCCGGGUGUGGUAAAUUUCGUGAACGGUCUCGGCAAGGACGCCGGCGCCGCCCUCGUUCAGCAUCCCCUGGUUGAUAAGGUCGCCUUCACAGGAUCAACGGGAACGGCAACCAACAUCUUGAAGAUGGCUGCAGCAACGCUGAAAAACAUUACACUGGAAACGGGCGGAAAGUCGCCGCUGUUGGUUUUCAACGAUGCCGAUAUGGAGCAAGCUGUGAAGUGGUCCCAUCUGGGAAUCAUGUCUAACCAGGGCCAAAUUUGCACUGCUACCUCUAGGAUUCUAGUCCAGCAAGACGUCUAUGAUACGUUUGUUGCAAAGUUCGUUGAAGAGGUCGAGAAGACCAGUAAGGUCGGCCACCAAUGGGAUGAGACAACAUACCAGGGCCCUCAAGUUUCGAAGCAGCAGCACGAGCGCAUCCUUUCAUACAUCAAGAUUGGCCGAGAGGAGGGCGCGACGAUCAAGACUGGAGGGGAAAGGCCAGCGCAUCUUUCUAAGGGCUACUAUGUUGCCCCAACUGUCUUCACAGACGUUAAGAGUGAUAUGCGGAUCUGGAAGGAGGAGAUCUUCGGCCCUGUGGUGGUGAUCCAGAAGUUUGCCGAGGAGGCAGAGGCGAUUGCUACUGCUAAUGACAGCGUCUAUGGCCUCGGAGCCGCGGUGUUUACAACAAAUCUUGAGAAGGCCCACAGAGUCGCCUCUGAGAUCGAAUCCGGUAUGGUUUGGGUGAACAGCAGCCAGGAUUGUGAUCCCAGGGUGCCCUUUGGAGGCGUGAAGCAGAGUGGUAUUGGGCGGGAGCUUGGUGAGGCUGGCCUGGAGGCCUAUUCUCAAAUCAAGGCGGUCCAUGUGAAUAUGGGGAAUAAAUUGUAA